GUGCCUGUUGGCCGGCCUGUGAUGUGGAGAGAGUCUCCCCAGGGGAAGCGUGGCAUUUGGUUAUUUUGCCAGGUGCCCGUGGGCAAAGUGGGUGCCAUUGAAUGGAAGAAGGACGGGAGAGUGGCCUUUGCCGGAAAAGAGCAGCGGCUCUCCGCAAGCCUCAGUGUUUUGAGCCUCCCAGACACAGAGGCCUCCAACUGUGGCUCCUUCACCUGUAAUGCCAGUAAUGCCAUCGGCUGGAAAGAGUCCCCUGUGCUGAGAUUGACAACUGCUGAUCUUUCGACGGUGCUGGGGACGUCGUUUCAAAUUUCUGCCUCUGUGCUGGUGUUUGCUGCUUUCUGCGGAGGGGGGAUACUGAUGCCUUUAUGUCAACCACAAAAGCUUAGGAUCCGAGGGAAGGCUUGGAAAUGGCUCAGCAUCUAUGCCAACGGCCUGGCGUGUUUGGCUUCUGUCCUGACUCUGGUGGCCCUCUUCCUCUGGAGUUACGAUCAAGGAUUCUAUGCCAGCCUCAUUUUUCCUAUCAUACUCCUCAUCCAUGUGAUACUGAUCACAGCGUUGAUAGUGGCGACAGUGGCAUUCAAGCUGAACGUGCUCCAUGAGGUCACAGACAAGGCAGCCCAGCGCAUGUUGGACUUCACCAUGCCUGGAGGAGUCGUCUUAGACACCGUGAUCUCCAGUCUCCUAAUGAAGCACAUUUGUCAUCUGCAAGAGACGAGAUGUGCUGAACCUGUUGACCUAACCCUCGUGGUAGCUGGGGCAGCUGGGAUGUGCUUUCUUCCAUUUACAACUAUUGUUGUGAUCUAUUGCAUUGAUGUGAAGAAGCGGACAGCAGAAGAUCGAGUUUCCAGGAAUGAAAACUGGAGGCAGGUAGGAGCCAACCACGUGAAUGGGCUGUCUAGAAGCUCAGUGAUGGAAAAUCAGUGA